AUGGCUCCAGGCCCCUUCUCCUGGGGGCUCCUCUCACCCCCACCCGCUGCCCUGUCCUUUCUGCUGCUGCUUUGGGCAGGGGCGUCUCGUGGCCAGCCCUGCCCCGGCCGCUGCAUCUGCCAGAACGUGGCCCCCACGCUGACCAUGCUGUGUGCCAAGACGGGCCUGCUCUUUGUGCCGCCUGCCAUUGACCGGCGGGUGGUGGAGCUCCGGCUCACCGACAACUUCAUCGCUGCCGUCCGCCGCCGUGACUUCGCUAACAUGAGCAGCCUGGUGCACCUCACUCUCUCCCGAAACACCAUUGGCCAGGUAGCUGCAGGUGCCUUUGCAGACCUUCGAGCACUACGCGCUCUGCACCUCGACAGCAACAGGCUGGCAGAGGUGCGUGGUGACCAGCUCCGUGGCCUGGGGAACCUGCGUCACCUGAUCCUGGGCAACAACCAGAUCCGCCGGGUGGAGUCAGCUGCCUUUGACGCCUUCCUGUCAACCGUGGAGGACCUGGACCUAUCCUACAACAACCUGGAGGCCCUGCCGUGGGAGGCAGUUGGUCAGAUGGUGAACCUCAAUACCCUCACGCUCGACCACAACCUCAUCGAUCACAUUGCUGAAGGUACCUUCGUGCAGUUGCACAAACUAGUCCGCCUGGACAUGACCUCCAACCGCCUCCAUAAACUCCCACCCGAUGGGUUGUUCCUGAGGUCACAGGGUGCUGGGCCCAAGCCCCCCACACCGCUGACUGUCAGCUUUGGGGGCAACCCCCUGCACUGCAACUGUGAACUCCUAUGGUUGCGGCGCCUGACCCGGGAGGACGACCUGGAGACCUGUGCCACCCCGGAGCACCUCACUGACCGCUACUUCUGGUCCAUCCCAGAGGAGGAGUUCCUGUGCGAACCUCCGCUGAUCACACGCCAGGCGGGGGGCCGGGCCCUGGUGGUGGAGGGCCAGGCGGUCAGCCUGCGAUGCCGGGCGGUUGGUGACCCUGAGCCAGUCGUGCACUGGGUGGCACCAGAUGGGCGCCUGCUAGGGAACUCAACGCGGACCCGGGUCCGGGGGGACGGGACUCUGGAUGUCACUAUCACUACUCUGCGGGACAGUGGCACCUUCACAUGCAUCGCUUCCAACGCCGCUGGGGAGGCCACAGCGCCGGUGGAGGUGUGUGUGGUGCCACUGCCACUGAUGGCGCCCCCACCUGCUGCCCCGCCACCUCUCACUGAGCCUGGCUCCUCGGACAUCGCUACGCCUGGCCGGCCAGGGGCCAAUGACUCAGCUGCUGAGCGCCGGCUGGUGGCCGCGGAGCUUACCUCGAACUCUGUGCUCAUCCGCUGGCCGGCCCAGAGGCCUGUGCCCGGCAUCCGGAUGUACCAGGUCCAGUACAACAGCUCUGCGGAUGAUUCCCUCCUCUACAGGAUGAUCCCGUCCACCAGCCAGACCUUCCUGGUGAAUGAUCUGGCGGCAGGCCGCGCCUAUGAUCUGUGCGUGCUGGCUGUCUACGACGAUGGGGCCACAGCGCUGCCGGCCACGCGCGUGGUAGGCUGUGUGCAGUUCACCACUGCUGGGGACCCAGCACCCUGCCGCCCACUGCGGGCCCAUUUCCUAGGUGGCACUAUGAUCAUCGCUAUCGGGGGCGUCAUCGUAGCCUCGGUCCUCGUCUUCAUAGUACUGCUUAUGAUCCGAUACAAGGUCUAUGGUGAUGCGGAUGGCCGCAGGGCUAAGGGGACUUCCAGGUCACCUCCUCGAGUCAGCCACGUGUGCUCGCAGACCAACGGCGCAGGUGCGCUGCAGGCGUUGCCUCCUCAAGACCGAUAUGAAGCGUUGCGCGAGGUGACGCCUCCAGCUGCUGUUGCUGUUGAGGCCAAGGGCAAGGCCACUGCGGUGGAGGCCUCCAUAGACUCGGAAACAGUCCUCGGACGCUCUCUGGGCGGCUCGGCCACCUCGCUGUGUCUGUUGCCGUCGGAGGAAACCACCGGGGAGGAACCUCGGGCCGUAGUGGGCCCUCGGAGGAGCCGUUCUGGGGCUCUGGGGCCGCCAACCUCGGCUCCUCCAAACCUGGCUCUGGUUCCCGGGGGUGCCUCUGCCCGGCCAAGGCCUCAGCAGCGCUAUUCAUUUGACGGGGACUAUGGGGCUCUCUUCCAGAGCCACAGUUACCCGCGCCGCGCCCGGCGGACAAAGCGCCACCGGUCCACACCGCACCUGGACGGGGCUGGAGCGGGCGCGGCCGGGGAGGAUGGAGACUUGGGGCUGGGCUCCGCUAGGGCUCGCCUGGCCUUUACCAGCACCGAGUGGAUGCUGGAGAGUACCGUGUGA